AUGAACGACGAACACGACCACCCUUCCCUCUGCUGGAUGCUCCUAGCCUCUCUAGGUGCAUGCUUUGUCAGGUCCGACGACCCCGAGCGAGAACCUCUCUUCCCACCUCCUACGACAAUCCUCACCCAGCCGUCUGCUCAUCCCAGUGCCCGGGCUCGUCCGACGCUCCCAAACCUCCUCUCAUUCACAACAUCCUCCCGCUCUCGUUCUCGCUCCACCAGCCAGUACCCAUCCGUUAACUCUUCUCCCACUCGUACGACGGGCCCCUUGUCAGGCGGCUUUGGCUCCGAGAGAGACGGGACAGUGAGCUCGAGGAAGAGGGAAGAUGCUGGUAGGAGGAUGGAUAGUAUAUCGAAAGCUUUUGCUGGACGGAUGCAGCCCCUCGAGCAAUCCCUCCCCUCCACGCCCAGUACAGCCCGCGGCCUCCGCCCACUCUCCUCCACCCUCACCCUCUCUCACCCCUCCGCCCUCUCCCUCUCUCAACAGCACCAUCAACCCCCAUCCCCCCUCUCCCCACGGCCGACCCACCCCACGAGGUCCCAAACUACAUCCGUCCCCAACAACAGACCAUCCGCAUACGAGCCUUGCCCUUACGGUGCCACGCUACCUCACCGACCUAGCGCGCCAAAUCUGGGGAGGAGCAUUAGUGAGCCGUGGUACCUUGCCGAUUUGGCUGCGACUGUCAAAGUCGACUUUGCCGAGACGCAGAUCCCGAAAUACGGGCCGCUUAUCGUCUAUCGUCUGUCUCGUGCGGGGGUGGACCCUUCUUCGUUGCCUCAUGGUGACAGGCCUUUCGGGAAGGGAAGGGUGAGGAGCGCGACCACGAUGGAGAGGCUCACCUCGCCUUGGGAAGCGUCGAGAGGCAGGGAUAGGGAACCGAGCAUGUCUACUAUGGUCAGAGAACCUUCUUUUGACGGAUCCACCCCGUCUCCUACAAAGACGCACCACUCUGGCUCGUCUUUGGGCACCAGGAGCAUGAGGGCUGGAGGGGAGCGAUCGCUUUCGAAAGAUGAUUCUCUCAACCUUUCGCUGGAAGGAUCUCGUCAGGCAUCGCCGUUACCUUCUACGCGAGAGUAUCCCGAUGGCGAAGGGUACUUUGCCGAGGACGGGGAAGAGGAAGAGGGUGUGGUGAAGAGGGACCUGGGAUUGAGCGUCUUGUAUCAGAAACAGCAAAAGAGGCGGCCCAAGAGUAAGGGAAAGAAGAGGGUUAGCAGUUAG